AACGCUUUUUUAGUACUUAUUAGUGUCUUUAUCGUAUUUAAUUAAUUUAAAAUAUUAAUCUAGAGCUUUUGGCUUUGUUGUAAAUGAUUUUAUAGCUCCGUUACUCACUGUUGUUUUUUUAUUUACCUAAGCAUUAGGUAACUAACCGUUACGAUGUCCAUAAAGUCUGCUGAUGCAUUAACAAAUAAGUUGAAGCAAGAUCUGCUGAACGAGCUGGUCACAACAAAUCAUCUUCUGCAAUUAAUCUCUCAAGAAUUACAAGAGAUCAAGCAAUUGACUAGGCCUGGUGGAGAAUUUGAGUCAAACAUUGCCAAGAACACUGCCCUAACAAAACUACUGGCCGAUAUGCACCAUCUAGAUUUAGACAAAUUACCAGCCAUUGCACGAAUGCAAAUAGAUUUGAACCAUCCGUCAAAUCAAAACCACUCUUACGAGAACAUGACACGUUUAGAAAUAACUCUACCAUUGAAGAAGAUAAAUAGAGAUAUUGCUUUUUAAAUAUAAUUAAGAAUAAUAUUUAGACUAAGUAAGUAAUAAAAUAAAGAAACCAAAUAAUA